UUUUAAUUGGAAACAACGUGAUUUAGGGCAAAGGCUGAGUAGCCACUGAGCAGGAAGCCCUAGAAACCAAUGGACACCACACAGACACUGUCUCCUGCAAGCACAAGAUCUUCAUUGGCCUCAGCUCUCUCCUCCUGCUUCAUCCUCGUGUACUGCCUCCAGGGGGCGGCGCGUAGCGAGGCGCCGAGCCGUGCAGUGCUGAGCCGCGGACCCCUUUCACCUGUUCCCCACCCUUGGCCUUGGAGAGCGCACGCAGUGAACUUGGACCAGAAGUCUGAGUUCCAUCUCACAAGAUAAGAGUCCGCAGCGGAGUUGGAGCAUUUGUUGCGUCAGUUCCUGAGAGCAAAGCUCACCCUCAGUCUCCGUCAGCCCAAGAAUAUCUUCCUCAUGGAAAGAAUCUGCUACUUCCGGGAGUCCAGUUCCUGUCCAGGUAGAGAGCUGCUGAGCUGCUGAGCUGCUAAGGAAGUCUUUCGGAUCCUGGUGGGCGUCGUCUGCACCUUCCUUCAGAUAAGUCUUCCUCACUGCAGAGCAUGGCUUGCUGACUCAGAGGAAAACAGACUGAAUCUUUCCAGGUGUUGGAAAGAGGAAUUGUUCAAGUUUGUACCUGGAAACACAGGACUUUUCAAUGUCUGGACCCUGAAGAGGAAACAGAAGAUCUCAGAACUGCACAUCUUUCCACACUGUGGCACCUCAGGUCCCAAAGGGCUCAGGAAGCUGUGCAAGAAGGUCUGGACGUCCCUGGUGAUCACUGAUACUUGAGAGGCAGAAGUCUCCUCAUGGCUCCUUAUCACAUCAGACAGUUCCAGGACAGGGACCACAGAAGAGUCCUGGACUUGUUCUCCAGAGGCAUGGAGGAGCAUGUCCCUGCUGCCUUCUACCAUGUGCUGACACUGCCUCAUUCUCUCCUGCUCUUUCCUGGGGUGCCCGUGACCAUAAUCCUAGUGUCUGGCUCUUGGCUCCUGGCCACAGUGUACAGUUUCCUCUUUCUCCUUUGCCUGCGGCUCCUUAUCUGGUUUUCAUGGAGAAAUUAUGUGGCUAUGUGUUUGAAAUCAGACCUGGCUGACAUCACCAAGUCUUACCUGAAUGCACAUGGCUCCUUCUGGGUGGCUGAGUCUGGGGGGCAGGUGGUGGGCAUAGUGGGAAGUCUGCCAGUCAAGGAGCCUCCAUCAGGGAGGAGGCAGCUGCAGCUCUUUCGCCUGUCUGUGUCCUCACAGCAUCGAGGACAGGGGAUAGCAAAAGCACUGGUCAGAACUGUGCUCCAGUUUGCACGGGACCAGGGCUACACGGAUGUUGUCCUACAGACCAGCAGUGUGCAGUACAGCGCUAUGUCUCUGUACCAGGGCAUGGGCUUCCAGAAGACAGGCCAGCACUUUAUGAGCAUAACCACGAGGUUAAUUGGUCUUCCUAUCUUUCAUUUCACCUACUCUCUCCCUUCUGUCUGGGAACCAAGGAUGUGAUCUUUUUUCCCUUUGUCUCAAUGACUCCAGUUCACUCUGCUUUAGGAACAAGCCAACCCUGGCAGUUCAUUUACCAAGACCAAGGCUCCCUUUCGAUCCCUUUCAGAUGCAGCAGAACUGGUGGUGACCUCUGGGUGUUGGCCUCCUUCUCCAUGCUGCCUUUUUAAGGGUCUCUGUUUCAUCUUUCUAGUGCUGGGAUAAGAGAGCACGAAACCCAGCCGAGUGGACCCUGCACACAUUCACUAGGAGUCUGUUAGCUAUCAGCAACCUUGGUGAGCUGAAGUUCCAGCUCAGACAGGAUUCAGGAUCUUUGCAGACAAGAUAAGUGAACUCAAAACAAAGGCUUUCCUCACACACACUGAACGUGUGGACUAUUGAAAAUUCUAAGACUCGUGUAGAAAUGGAGUCUCCAUGGUAAGGUGCACCACAGUCAUAGGUCAGGGUGGGCGCCCCGCAAGAGCUAGAGCAAGGAAGUGUGUAACUUACUCCUAAGUCACCCUUGUGCAGAGGCAGGAAAGGGACCUCUGAUGCAGAGGGAAUAGCUUUGAACAGCCUCUCCUGGGUGCUUAUUUGGUCCCAGUCUCAUGGGAAAGCCCAAUCUAAUGCAUACAGAGCAUGAAACCUUCUUGGAGAUCCAGGGAAAGGACAUGGGUUCCGGAAUUAUCAUCCAAAGGUCACCCUAGAGAAAAACCCCAGAACCAAUUGGCAUUUCCUUGGGUUUGAGAGCAAUGGUUUCCAGUGCUCCUGGUUAUCCUCUGUAAAAUGUUAAAAUGGCCGUUCAGGAGUUAGAACGGCACUGUAAGGUGGAGAAAGGCAGUCUCUGAACUAAUGAGGUUGUUGGGUGAAGAUUACCAUGCUAGGCACAGGCAGCCUUCAUGAAUUUUUGGAAAAGACCCUGAAGCCCAGUGAGUCGCACAUGUGUUGCCACUGCUUUUGGUUGCAUGCAGGAACUGGAGAACUCCUGUGUGAGGACAUCACAUUGUUUGGUUUUAGAACAUGGAGGAGUCAAGCAGAGGCUGGGCUGAAAGAGCCUUGUGUGCUCGUGCCAAGAGGCUCAGGGCCUGAGGGAGAUUUGUUGCAGCCUGUGUGCUGUGUUGUUACAUGCAAGACUAGUCAUAGUGCCAUAGUGGAAUUGUAAUAUUUGCGCACAGAUACUUUCUGAUUGAGACCUCCGCUGGUUAGCAUUCCCAUUCGUUAUUCUAAGCCAGGACACAAUUCUGUGGUGUGGAGGCCAUAGGCCAUAGUAAGUAGACUACUACUAGUAUUGUUUUAUUUUUUAUUAAACAGGUAUAGUGUGUGGUCUUGCCUUCAAAACAUUUGUUUUUAUGCCCUAUGACUGCUGUGCCAGCCUCAGUGGUAAAGGGAGCCUUUCACAGUGGGUGGUAGUUACUCCAGAGACUCAGACCUUGUCCAAUUGCUGAGAAUCAGCGAGUGAUCUGUGAUAUAGCCUGAUGUUGAAUUGUAAAUGAAAAUAGAUGUGUACAUGUAUCACUUGCUCCAAGACUUAGAAGAGGUAUAGAAGGGGAUGCAUUACAGAUAUAAGAUCUGGAGUGGGUGUAGUCUCCUGUAUCUGUUUGGUCUGAACUGAAGCAUCUUCAUGUUGAGGGAUGACUAAGGAUCAGCAGACCCAGGGGAGGGCCCCUCUCUAAAGUCACCCAGGCAGAGAGAAGCCUCUUAGGAACCCCAGUGUUGUAGAUUGUGUGAGGCAUUACCUCUGCAAUGGUAAUACUGCCUGCACGACCCAUGCCCCCAUCAGUAAUCCCUCAUCUGAGUCCCUGUAGCUCCAAUAAAAUGUUUCAUCCACCUUGA